GUCUAAAUUUCCAGUGUUCUAUUUCAUCCGUCUCUAAAAUUAUUAGAAAUGUCUAUGCUUAGCCUCUCAAAACAUCUGUUUUGCCAUUCUGGUUAAUUAUCAUUAAAGCCAUACCAGCAAAAUGCUUAGAAACGCUAUCAGCCGCUUGUUACAAAAUAAUUCAGUUAAAUGUGUUGCCAGAACAACUUCUGUUCGGACGAUCAACCUAAUUCCCAUGGUGGUAGAGCAGACUGGCAGAGGAGAACGGGCCUAUGAUAUAUUUUCGCGACUGCUGAAAGAACGGAUCAUUUGCCUCAUGGGAAACAUAACCGAUGAUAUUAGCUCUACAGUUGUUGCUCAAUUGCUAUUUUUACAAUCUGAGAAUGUUAACAAGCCAAUUCACUUAUAUAUAAAUUCUCCGGGUGGCGUUGUUACUGCUGGCCUUGCCAUUUACGACACUAUGCAGUAUGUUAAGCCGCCUAUAGCGACGUGGUGCGUUGGUCAAGCAUGUUCAAUGGGUUCACUUUUAUUAGCGGCAGGAGCACCGGGAAUGCGAUAUUCAUUACCUAAUGCCAGAAUUAUGAUACAUCAACCUUCUGGCGGCGCACAAGGUCAAGCCACCGAUAUUCUAAUACAUGCCGAGGAAAUCAUCAAAAUUAAACGGCAACUUACUAGCAUAUAUGUUAAGCAUGCUAAAAACUCGUAUGAAGAAAUGUGCCAACGAAUGGAGCGGGAUCAUUUCAUGACCCCCGAUGAGGCCAAGACACUGGGUAUUAUUGAUCACGUGCUUGAACAUCCACCAGAAACAGUUUCGGACAGUGGGCCAACAUCUGAUGGUGGUAAAAAUGCUGGUAAAUCUGUUUCUGAUGAACCCCAGAGGAAAAGGCAGGCAGCUUAAGAUCUUUUCAUUUGUGAAAACCAAAAUACAAGCUUUAUCUUUAAAAUUGAAGAAC